AUGGAUGUUUACGGCAAGCUGUGUGACGUCGUCAGAGAGCUUGAUCGAAUUUUCAGGCUUUACGCAUUUAUUAUGCUGAGCAUUAUCAUUCCAUCGGUGAUUUUUACACUCAUGAUGUUAAAUCAUCGGAUUCACGAUUUGAAAGACCUUAUUAUAUGCUCGCCAUCAAUAGCAUUGUGCAUCUACAGUUUCCUGGCCGUCACUAUUGCACCGGCGAGAUUGCACGACGAGGUGAAUCGAUCAAGAAACUGUCUUAUUCGAAAUGAUUCGAUCUGGUUCCCAUACAGGAAAGAUGCAAGUUUCAGAUAUACUCGUCGAAACUAG